GAAGAAGCGAAAUCGGUAUUCAAGGGAAGUUACGAAAAGAUGCUUGUUAACACGAUUUGGAGAACAAAGGGGGCAUCUAAGAGUUAUGUCCAUGAAACAUGCAGCCGUUGUGCAAUUCUUCCAAGUAGCGUUAUCAACGAGCCCCAAGCUGCAUCCAGAGUAUACGUUCAAGUGGAGCUGAGGCUGAUCUGUUCGAACACUAUCGGAGUGGCUCUUUCAUGUCAAGGAUGUGAUGCUAUCAAUGAACAGCUCAUGAAGAGGAGCAAUUCCUGGACUGAAAGCCAUGCGUCUGGUUCUGAUCCUCGGAUAACGGAUCGUCUCUCUCGGCCUGUCAUAGCAAAGAUUGUUGCUCACAAAUGAGGCUUCGACCACAAGCUUGCCAGUGGAGUCCCUUCUCAAACAUCAAUCCUAUAGAACUUCACACAUGCAUCAUCUGUGAUUCUCUUCAUGUGCUCAGUCCCCACUGUUGAUUGUUACACUUCAUGUGCCCCAGAUGAGAUGUGGUGAGCUUGCCAGAUAUGUCUUCAUGGGCUUGAGGCAAGAUGGUGGCAGAGUGAGUCAUUUUAUAUCUCAUUUCUUGUUUCAGAAACAACGAUGGCUUCGAAUUCCAAGAGAAGGUUUUUAACAAGCUCUGAUGCAGUUCUACUUAUUCUUGUAAGUACUAACCGUUAAUUUUAAGAGGCAGCUUCUGUGCUGAGGUGGGUUCAGGCAAGAUAUGCGGCUCUGUGACAACAACGUUUGCAUGAAAACAGGCAAAAAAUCAUAGCCAUGUUUUAACAGAUCCUAGCGAGAUUUGAAGUCUUGUAAUUGAACCUGGAAAUCUGUUGUUCUGGCCGCUUUACCACGUGGUCAGCUAAAAGAAAUAGAUAUAAAUA